AUGCCACGAGAUCGAGCUGCGUAUCGAAAUGUCCGCCUUUAUGACACCUCCACUGGCGCCCUCAUCGGAGGUUUUCAUCAGAACGGCGCAAUUACUGAGGAAAACCUCAUCUGGAUUCUGAGCAAUGUGCUUUUAGUCACGCAUGAUACAAAUACGUGGACCAUUCAGCAAAGAACCUCUGGAGAAAUCGUUACACCUUCCCGCGAGCCGGUGAGGCUUGGAGACUAUGACAUUCAUUCAACAGGUACAGGCUUCUGGCUUCUGGCUUCUAAAACCCGCCGUGGGAUCGCCAGCCACUCCGUCUCCGGCGGGGAGGACCAGUUCCGCGAUGGAGUCCGUGCUCGAGACGGCCGGUGUGUGAUAUCUGGGCAGAUCAACCUCGGGGCGCCGUGGGACGACUGGGCAGGACUAGAGUCUGCCCAUGUGUUCCCCCUGGAGAAGGAGAGCCUCUGGGUGCAGCUGGGCUACGGGCGCUUGAUCACCACCAUGGACGAUACUUCGGUAGAGCAUAGAAUUAACUCUAUUCAGAAUGGACUUCUCAUGUCAGCGCAUUUUCACACACGCUUUGAUCAGUAUUUGUUCUCGAUAAACCCAGAUGACGGCUGUAAAAUUGUCGAGUUCGGACUGAACAGCUGGGGGAUUGAUGGCCGGACGUUGGACCCUGUAUGUCGUAAUCCGGCCACUAGAGAUCAUGUAUUAGAUGAGCUGCUCCGGUGGCACUUCCGACAGGCCGUCCUUGCCAAUAUGCGCGGGGCGGGAGAGCCUCUUGUCAAAUCCGACUUCCCCCCUGGAUCUGAUAUGAUGGCAACAUUGCGCGAAGAGCUGUAUGGCAAAGAGAGAUUUGAGAUGGAGCUUGAGUCAAGACUACGACCUGGAACCACGAACAGCUAG